AUGCUGGAAGAGGAAGCCCGAGAAGCUGAGAGGGAGAAAAUGCAGUACUUGGAAGAGAAUUGCACAGCCCUUUUCAUUCCAGGCAGUAUGCAGGAUCUCCAGGAGCUGUGUUGCAAACUUCACAAGCAGAUUGAUUUGGUGGAUGAGGAGCGAUACAACAUGGAGGUCAAAGUGGCAAAAUCCAACAAGGUUGAUGACCUUAAGUUGAAGAUUCAGUAUCUGAAUGGGAGGUUUAAGAAGCCAGUCCUGAAAAAGGUGCGGAUGUCAGCCGAUGCCAUGCUGGCUGGCCUGCUGGGCUCCAAACAUAAAGUGUCCAUGGACCUGAGAGCCAGCCUUAAGCAGGUUAAGAAGGAAGUGAAGGACGAGGUAGGUGCUUGGGUAAAAAAAAUCGAAGACAAAACUGGCAUGGGUGGAAGAAAAAAGAUGUUCGAUACAGAGGCUUAA